ACGUUUGUAAGAGGGAGAAAAGGGUGGAAAGAAAAGCACAGCUGAACUGGAUUCACAGUAGCACAAAACUGUAAUAAUCACACAACAACAAAAGAUAAGCCCACUUCUCAAAAAAAAAAAAAGAAAAGAAAACCCAGCUUGCAAAGAAAAAGGAAAAAAAAUGGAAGUUAACUAUAGAAGUAGUGCAGAGAACAAAACCUGAAAGGGAAUGAAGGCGUGUUAAGGAGGAAACCAACAGAAAAUCUCAGAUUGUUAUAAAAGAUUUGAGUUUGUUAUUUUUGUCAACAUUUUCUCUCUCUUCAAAGUUUAGUUCUUUAAAGUUUGAGAGAGAAAUUGGGGUUUUUGAUCUUGGUAUUUUAUGGGGUGAAGCAGAAUUAGAUCCAAGUGUUCUUGGUUGCAAAAAGUUUCAUUCUUUGAAGUUUUUGACAUCAUUAUUUGAAGGGAUCUUCUUCAUUGAGUAAAUGCUGAAAAGGUUUGACUUAAAUUCUGUACCAGUCCAAAUUUUCUGGUAAGUUCAAUACUUAAAAGAGAUAAUGGGGGGAAUAAGUUGGUUUAUUUUGUUUCUAAUUGGGUUUUGUUGGGGGGAUUAAUGUCAAUGAAGUAGAACAUUAGGGUUUUUCAGUAUCAUUUUUAUUCCAUUUUUGGAUUGAAUGGUGUAGGUUGUGUGAUAAACUAGGGUUUGUGUUGAGCAUAUAAUUUUUUUAUAAAUAAUUGCUAUUAGGGGAUUGUUUAUUGUGAUUUUUUGAAAUGGGUUUUUGUGGAUUAUGCAAAUAAUGAAGGGGUUACUGGUUUUGCAUUUUGGAUCAUAUUAGCAUGGAAUGGUUUGAUUGUAGUAUACCCACAUUGAAUUGAGCAGACAUUUCUGCAAACUUAAGAAAUUCCUAAAUUGGCAUAUUGAAUUGUUGGAGAACCCUAUUCUUAUAUGGAAUUGUAUCAUCAUUAAAGCUAAACUAGGCUAAUUCUAGUUGGGAAGACUGUUUAUGAGUGCAAUUUAUUGAACUGAUCACAUUGUGUGGGCGACUGGUCGGAGUUUCUGGCUUUUCGAUUUUGCUUGGUUGUGAACUUGUGGCUUCAGGGUUGUAUGGAUUGGAUUGUUUGACAUAUAACUAAAGGAAAAAUAAGGCAUUCAAGAUGCCUCCUUCUCCGUCCUUAAGACGUUCGCCUAUUGCUGAGCCUCGUGGAGAUAGCCACAAGAGGGGGCGGAGUCUUGAGAGUGGGCUAUCAUUUAAAGAAAGAGAUGAUGAUCUUGCACUUUUCAAUGAGUUACAAAGCAAAGAAAGGGAGACUUUUCUUCUUCAGUCGACAGAUGAUUUCGAAGAUAUAUUAUCUUCGAAAGUGAAAUCUCUCCCAGAUAUAAAUCUCGGAAUUACUAUACCUGCUCGAGGAGAGACUAGUGAUUUGCUCAAUAUAGAUGGUGACAAGAAUGAUUAUGAAUGGUUAUUAACUCCUCCGGACACUCCUCUUUUUCCUUCAUUGGACGAUGAUCCAACUCCUGUCAACCUUGUACAUAGUGGUAGAGCGCGAAGUCGGCCCAUCUCCAUUUCAAGAUCAUCUACUAUGGAAAAAAGUCAGAGAAGUAGUAGAGGCAGUCCCAGUCCGCAGCGUUCGAGCCCGCAACGUUUGAGUCUGUCUCCUCGGUCUGGCAAUAGUACAUUUCGGGGAAGACCAUCUUCAGCUCCUCAGUCAAGUCCUGUUCCUUUACAUGCUAGUCCUCCAUCAAGAAGACAAUCACCUCCCCCAAUCAAGCCUUCAACACCUCCUUCAAGAUCAUUAACACCAACAUCUCGGAGAACAACUUCCGGAGUUUCUGGGGUUAGAUCAGGAAUGAGAGGCACGUCCCCGGUAAGGGCUGGACCGACUAGUCAAGGGAAUUCUGCGUCACCAAAAAUUAAAGCAUGGCAGUCGAACAUUCCCGGUUUCUCCUUGGAGGCCCCUCCUAAUCUCCGAACUUCUCUAGCUGAUAGACCAGCAUCGUAUGUUAGGGGAUCUUCACCGGCAUCUAGGACAAGCAGAGGCAGGCAAUCAAUGUCUCCGACUGCUUCUAGAAGCGUAAGUUCUUCCCAUAGUCAAGAACGAGACAGGCUGAGCUCUCAUAGUAAAGGUUCUAUAGCAUCAUUUGGUGACGAUGAUCUAGAUUCUUUGCAGUCAGUUCCGUUAAAUGUCUCUGAGCGUCCAAUGUCCAGAAAAGGACCUGGUGGGUUUCCGAGUGGCAGACCAGUGUCUCAUUCUAAGAAACCCACAAAGACAAUAUCACCAAGUUCGGCUCCCAAGAGAUCCUUUGAUUCUGCAAUGCGGCAAAUGGAUCGAAAAAGUCCGCAGAAUAUGUUCAGGCCGCUUUUAUCUAGUGUCCCCAGCUCUACGUUCUAUGCUGGAAAAUCCACUUCUGUCAAUCGCACCAUGAUGUCUAGGAACUCUUCGGUUACUACCAGUAGUAAUGCUAGUUCCGAACAAGCGACAUGCGGGGCCCACGAUACUGAAGAUGAUGGUACAAGUGAAUAUGCAAGACCACCUUCCUCUGGUUUUCAAAAUGAAGUUUUUCCUUAUGAAAAUAUGGAUGUUACGAACGAACAUACUGUGUAUCAAGGACAUAGUGCAUCAAAUGCCGGUGAUUCCAAAGAAUUUGGCCUUCAUGUUCGUAUGGUGGAAGUUGCGACAGCAGAUCUACAUUAUGAUUCUGUGAAAACUGAUAACCUUGAAAAUUUAUUACUCUGUUGUAGAUGUGGCAACCCGUAUUAUUUGGAUGAGUUUGCAGAAAAUGAAGAUAAUUUAUGUGUAGAAUGCAAACAAAAAGAAAAAUUAUGGAGCAACCCUUCCAUGGUGUUCAAAUCGGAAAUCCCUCACAAUGUGUCAUCCCCUUCGACUAGCGUCUUUGAGGAAUCACAUGGAAGUUAUCCCACACUAGCUUUACCUGAUGCUGAUUCGAGAGAUAUUUCACAAACUGCCCUUCAUGAAGAGAAAACAUUUGAGGCCGAGGAUCAUGUUAGUCGGCUAAAAGGAAGUUGUCUGGAAAAUGCUCUUUCGGUGUCAGCAGGGGAGGAAAGUAUGCAUAUGCUUUCUGAUAAGCAAAUAACGGAAGAGCAUACAACCGUCGAGGAUCCAUCUCGUACAGCUAAUAGUUUGCAGGACAUGCAUAAAUGCUUCGAUAAAACCAACCGAAAUAUCAAUGUAGCCGAAGGUACUGGGAUUUCGGUUCUUCUAUUAAACAGGUCCAGUAGUUUGAAAGGGCCACUGAUUCAUGGCCGGACCAUCAACAGCAGCGCGAUAUCGUAUGAUGAUCUGUCUUAUGCUAGAGACUUGGCUAGCUCAAUGAGGAGCUCUUUCGGUCAUGGUAGUAUAUCUACGACAUCUUCCGUUGAUUUAACCUCUACUAGACACGGAGAAAUUGUUGCUCAGAGGCAAUUGAGCGGCAAGAGAUCCGAUGCAAGCUCAAAACCUCGAAGUACAGGAUCUUCCUUCUCGGGAACCUCCUUGCCAGUAUAUCAAGGUUUCGGACUUUCAACUAGCUCUCGUGACGGAAGUUGUGAAGGAUCUGUUAGCAACAUGAGGCACAUGUCUGCCGAAGAAGUUCCCGGAUCACCUUCUGAUCGGGUGCUGUCUGUAGAAAAUAUGGAAAUGCAUGAUGCAGUUUCAUCGGCUUCUAGGACGAUAAUAGCCGGAGAGGAUGAUAAUGAUAUCUGUAUGAGAUCUCGAGACACGUUACCUUGUUUAAUAGCUGACCAUAUGGUGAGCUCUGAGUUCGAGGCCAGAUCUCGAGCUUCUGUAGGCGUUGGCGGGCGUGAAUUUGAAGAAGACCUUUCAAAGAGUAUCGGAAAUGUUCGAAAUUUGGAAGACAUGGUGUUUGUUGAAUCUUCUGUGGGAAACAAAAUUGCAGUAUCGGAAAACAGUGCAGAUGAAGUGGGAGCUACAGAAGAUCUUGUUCAAUGUUCUGUAUCUACAAUGUCCGAGAUAGAAAUCAAUGAUUCUCAUCCUAGCUCCCCGAAAUCGCAAAUUGAUGUGGUCUCUAGGGAAGAGUUAGAAGAUCCUUUGUCUACAACGCUUCAUGAUGAAGAUGUCAAAGAUUCAUCAAAGUCCAAUGCAAAUCACGAUGAAGAAAUUGCAGAGGAAUCUACUGUGAUGUUGGAGGAACAUGAAGGGAGAAGGACGAGAAGUCUUACGCUAGAAGAAGCAACAGACACCAUUCUCUUUUGCAGUUCCAUCAUUCACGAUCUUGCAUAUAAGGCUGCUAGUAUCUCAAUCGAGAAAGAAAAAGAAAAUGUAGAGCCAUUGGCUGGUUCACGACCAAUGGUUACGAUCCCAGAAAGACAUAGCUCUGACCGAAGGGAUCCUAUAUCUCGUGGAGUCACUAAUGGUAGGUCUCCGAAAACUCAAAAGAACAAAAAGAGACACGCAACAGAAGAAAUGGACGCAAAGCCACCUCUUCUGGAAAAUGAGGAAAGGCCGAAUGAACCUGUGAUUCGGAAUGUGGGUCUUCCUAACAAUGGCGAUAGCAUGAAACCCCCCAAGUUGGAAUCAAAAUGCAACUGCACGAUAAUGUAAUUCCGGGUUUUGUUUUCUUUAGAUAGGGGGAGUGUUUGUUUGAUAGUCGGUGAAUUUCCUUCUCGUCCACAUCAUUUGUAGCACACAGUACCAUGCUCGGUUGUGUAGCGGUGUAUAAUCUUGUAAAGUUUCUUGUUAACUUUAGGCCGAUAAUAUUAUAAGAGAGAGGCAGCUAAGGGUAUGUUCUUGCUCAUAUUACACAUUGUUUUUUAGUCACAUUCAAUUAUUUUCAGGUUGGAUUAGAAGAUGGUUCUUUCUAUAUUUAUUUCCCCUGAUGCUUAAGCAAAGAGAUGGAGUAAAUAAAAGCUUGAUUACUGUCA